AUGGACACAUCUCGCAUAAUUUUUGUCUCAAUAAAUUCCGUGAUUUCGGUUGUCACAAUAACAGCAAAUACGUUUGCCCUAAUUCUUUUUUACCAGCAACGAAGGUCACUCAGAAAGACACAUGCGUUUGUCGUAUCGCUCGGCAUCGGAGAUUUGCUUCAGGGAUGCGUUGGAAUUCCAUUGACGAUCGUUCUUUGCAUCACGGCGCCUCUCGGGAGUUUCGAUUGUGUCGCAAUUUGUGCCGUACGACUCUCGAUUUGUUUUGUGUCGCUGUUCAAUACGGUAACUGCCUCGCUGGAACGCUAUUGGGCUGUCAUUCAUCCAAUUCAUUAUCACACGAAAGCCACAGGACGGAUAAUUGGAAGAACCAUCGUAUUAUGUUGGAUCGCGGGAUGGAUAAUCGGUUGUUUAUGCUUUGUCUUCGCCGUUGAGCCGCCAAAUCCCGAUUUGAGCUGUUUCGAGAUCAGAUCUCGUUACCACAAGGGAUUCUUGAUGUUUAUUGUCUUCGUUGCCAUUCCAUUUUGCUCGUUAAUUGUCAUCGUGGCAUAUUCCCUGAUCUACCGACAAUGGAGAAAACGGAUAAAACCCACAAUGAACGACAUGACACUCACCCAAAUCUUCCGUCAGAGCCAGAAAAUGCAAGAAAUCGACCGGGAACAGUCCGUCAUCCUCACCAAAGACGCUGUUAGUGAAGCCAGACGAGUUCGCGAGAUCCGAACGACACUCUUGAUGUUCGCUACAGUCUUUCUCUUCAUCCUCUGUUGGUUACCAUGGCCCAUAAUCUUGAAUAUCACGCGACGCUUCUAUCCGGAAAUGAAUUAUGCGCACUCGGCAAUGGUCUGUUACACCUUCGUCUCGCUGAAUUCGAUGAUAAAUCCCUUUUUGUACGUUUAUCACAUCGAAAAGUGGCGCGAAUCCGCUAAACGGGUCGUUGGAUGGUCAUCACAACUCUCGGAAACGACGGGAAGUAGCGCAAAAGAUGAGAAAUAA